GCGACUCUCCACUUGUUUGAUAGUUGGAUACUACGUUCCGCAUCAUCAAACAGUUUACGCGGAGGCUGGCGCACUCUUUUUCACAUUACAUUGUAUUAUCUUCUCCGGAAAGUCAAAACAAAGGGGGGAAAGCUGGAAAAAAUGUCAAUGACUUGUCAGAUUGAACUUUGCAAGCAGCCCAUGCGAAUGAGAAUAGGAUCCCACCAUUCUUAAUCGUUGUUUAUAUAACUUGCCUGUGUACGUUACGGAGCCAAACCAACCAGGCAGCGGUUUCAGAAGUCGAGAGCGAGGAAAAUGGAUCUUGGUGUUGGAGAGCUUGGAACUCCGGGGAAUUCGAAGCCUCACCAACCCAGCGGUCAAAUUUCCCAUUUGGCUCUGGAUAUCGGAGGAUCUCUCAUUAAGUUGGUGUAUUUUUCAACAUCUGAUGAUGUUGAUGAUGAGACUGGGAGGUCAGCUACGGAGAGUCUCAGUGUUUAUAAUGGUAAUAAGAAAUAUCCGGUUCUUAAAGGGAGGCUUCAUUUUGCCAAGUUCGAAACGACCAAGAUAUAUGAUUGCUUAGAGUUUAUACAAAAGAAUCAGCUUCAUCUUGGUGGAUGCCAGCAUCUCGAGGCUUCUCCAAUUGACAAGGCCGUAAUUAAGGCCACAGGUGGUGGAGCAUACAAGUAUGCAGAUCUCUUCCAAGAGAAGCUUGGCAUUUGUCUUGACAAGGAGGACGAAAUGGACUGUCUUGUUGCCGGAGCUAAUUUUUUACUCAAGGGAAUCCAUCAAGAAGCGUUUACAUACAUGGAUGGGCAGAAGGAAUUUGUACAAAUUGACCAUAAUGAUUUGUACCCCUACCUCCUUGUUAAUAUUGGGUCUGGUGUCAGCAUGCUCAAGGUGGAUGGAGAUGGGAAGUUUGAGAGAGUGAGUGGAACAAAUGUUGGUGGUGGAACAUUUUGGGGUUUGGGAAGGCUCUUAACAAACUGCAAGAGUUUUGAUGAGUUGCUGGAAUUAAGUCAUAAGGGAAAUAAUAGAGUAAUAGACAUGCUCGUGGGGGACAUCUAUGGUGGAAUGGACUAUUCAAAGAUUGGUCUUUCAUCAACAACUAUCGCUUCUAGCUUUGGCAAAGCAAUUUCUGAUAGUAAAGAACUUGCAGAUUACAGACCAGAAGAUAUUGCCCGGUCCCUGUUAAGAAUGAUUUCAAAUAAUAUUGGGCAGAUCUCUUACUUAAAUGCACUCAGAUUUGGGCUGAAGCGGAUAUUUUUUGGAGGAUUUUUCAUUCGGGGUCAUGCUUAUACCAUGGACACAAUAGCUGUUGCAGUUCAUUUCUGGUCUAAAGGCGAGGCUAAAGCAAUGUUCUUGCGGCAUGAAGGAUUUCUUGGAGCAUCGGGUGCGUUCAUGAGCUAUGGAAAGUGUGGCCUUGAUGACUUGAUGGUCCAGUUAAUUCAGCAAUUCCCAUUCACUGCUUCUCCUGCAGGAGAUACCUGAUCUUGCCCACUAACCGAGGAGAGGAAAUGAUUGAGAAUGAAAGUAUAGAGUGUAGUAGUGUCUUUACAUCUUAGAAUUUGGAAAGGUUUCCUCUAUCUGGCUUAGAAACGGGAUAUGCUCACAAGGCAAUGCUUGGUUGCCUGUAUGCAUCUCAAGCAAGUCAUAGAGUGAAACUUGUGCAAUGUGUAACAUAGUAUAAAAUUAUUGUAGGAAAAAG